AUGAUGAGUGCCUCGUCUUCAUCGCGCAAGUCGCGCAAGGCGAUCAGCUCAUCACAGGUAUUUUACAAAAAUGCCGUCUACUUCCCCAACUACAGGCUCUACGGCGGCGAUACCCCUGGCUCCUUGAACUACAGCUGUAUCAGCACUGUGUAUUACUGCUUUGCGAGCAUCAGUGCAGAUGGUGGCGUCUUCCUGAGUGACGAGUAUGCUGAUGUGCGAGCCCCAUGCGAUGGAGUGUCAGGAGGGCUGGGAUCCCUAAUGCAUCUCAAGCAGAAGCACCCUCAUCUACAGGUUAUCCUGUCUAUUGGUGGAGGCGGCUCGGGUCAGAUGUUCGCAAAUAUCGCGGCGAGUCCCAUACUUCGUGAUAACCUCGCCCGUUCUGCCAGAGGGCUGGUGGAGGCUUCCGGCCUGGACGGCCUGGAUAUCAUGUGGCAGGAUCCGCAGCAAGGCAGCGGCUUUCUUGCCCUCAUCGCAGCGAUUCGUCUGUACCUACCCGAAGAGCAUUACCUGCUCACCGCGGCACUGCCUUGCUCCAGCUCCGUCCUCGCAAACAUCGAUGUUCGUCGCGCCGCGGACUAUUUGGACCUACUCAACCUCUUCUACGGUGCCUGGGCAAGUAUCUCUGGGCACCAUGCCCAACUGUACUCCUCGGGCAAAGACAGUGACACCUCCGGCUCAAGUUCGGUAUCAUAUCUCAUAGCCCAGGGCUUCCCAGCGAAGAAGAUCUUGCUCGGUAUACCAGUGUUUGGACGGAGUUUUCUCGGAGUGGCAGGCCCUGGACACAGGUUCAAAGGUGUGGGCGGCAACAAUGGCGAGUUUGAGUACAACGAGCUCCCGCGCAAGGGUACCAAGGAGCAGGUAGAUAAGAAGGCAUGCGCAGCAUAUUGUGUGGGCGGCGACGGUGGUUUUGUGUCAUAUGAUAACCCUGAAACGGGAUUGUUUUACUGGACAGCACCAGCGGACUCCAAGGACGCGGCGCGGAGCCUGGUUGCUGCUGGGUUUCGUGCCCUGCACAGCUCUCGAUGA